AUGGCUGCGUUGAUGAUGGUUAGAGAUAUAAAACCACGUAACGACGGGAACGAAGAACAUGAACAACAGAGCCCAACGGGCUCAGAGCCACAUAGUGGCGAGGAUACUGGUCGGGUUAUUCAAGACAUUAAAAACGUGUAUCCUGAAGUUAUUGAUUUAUUUAGAGGAGUUAAUGAUUCAAUUUCAAAACAUUCUAUAACCCUCGAUGAAGAGAAUAAAUUAACAGAUUAUAUAUUCGUCAUUAUUGCAGAAUUAAUGAAGAGAAUAAAUGAAAAAGGAAUUGGUGAUAUCAUUAAUGUCAGCGAUGUAAUGAUGAAAAGAAAUUUUGACUCAUUAUUUACAAAACCGAAAACAGAAUAUAGUCUUUAUGACGUAAUUACCGAAUUAAUGAAAAAGAUUAAUGAUAAUAAGAGUUCUGGCGGAAGAGUUGAAUUAGAAGUGAAUGAUGUUAAUGAGAAAUUAGCCGAAAAAGCAGAUAAAAACCACGUUCAUUAUAUAACUUCAGACGAACAGAUUAUAACGGACUACCAUGGAUAUUUAACACGAAGUGAUGAAGCGAAGACAAAAAAUGUUAAUGAAAGAAGAUAUAAAUACAUUCGUGCUAAAGGUUAUGACAUAAGCUGUACUGUACAGUAUGACACAGGUAAAGCACCAGAAGCAUUUAGUUAUAACGAUGAAAUUUAUGCCUCUACUUUCUCUGUUAAUGGUGUAUUAGUUGAACCAAGAUUUAUGUUAAGAGUUAAGGCAAAAAUAACGUUUGAAGAUGCUAUUAAAAGUAAAGCUGACAAAGUUGAACUUGACGCAACGAACAAAGUUUUGAAAUCUCAUAA